UAAUGUAAUGUACUACCGUCAGUGCCGCUUCUCGGCGAUUACCGUAAAAACGCUAUUAAUCGCGCACUCAAAAAUGAAGAGCUGCUCAUGUGACCAAGCAAAUGCGAGAGACGGCUGAGUUGACCGCAGUAUAAUACUGUAUGUCGGAGGCUGGGGAAAGAGCAAUAACAGUUUAUGGCGAGUGCUGAAGACGGAAAGUCCAAGUAAAAUGCGCAUGCGCCGGGGCUUUUCCGUGUCCCUGUCUUUUUCAGAAAGUCUUUAUAGCAUUCACAAUAACACAUCUAACCAUUACAUCUAUCACACGGACCCUGGAGGACCCUGAGUCUGGACCUGGAGCUCUUAGUUUUUUUACGAAGGUGGAAGAAAGAGCGCAUUUCAAUCAGGGGGGCACUUGUAAAGCCUCAAACAUGCAGAAAGUCUUCCAGUCGGUGCAGAGGGUAGCACAGAAGAGCUGCGGAAGAGCCUGCGAGAUGUUCUGCUGCACAUCUGACACCCCGAUGUGUGAGAAAGUCCCAUGCUGCACAGGUGCAUAUCAUCAACCUACAGAGGAUAAAACUACACAGGAGUCACGCCUGAAUCCGCCGUCUACUAUUUUGAUUGUGAACAUCAGCAACUCCACCUUGAUGGACUGCGUGAUCGGGAACGGCACCUACCAAUCCAUGGUGGCUGAUAGUCAGCCUCUGAUGCGGCACGCUGGGCUCCAAAUGCACGAUCAGAGGUGCAGCUGCAGCCGUGGACAACAGGGGGCAGAGCAGACCUCUCCCCCUCUCUGUCCUCCCCUUCCAACCGCUGAGCCUCUGAACGUCAACAUCCAAAGGUCCAAUCUCAACUGCGUCAUCAUCGGAGACAACAACUACAUGCAGGCCGAGCCCUCCACUGAAACAGAAGAGCCACAAGAGUGAAGCUUUGGCCCCACACACACACUACACACUCCAGCAAACCCGUCAUCUUCAGUAUAGGAUUAGAACUUCAACUCAGUAUGAGAUCAAACCUAGAGCCGUUAAGUUAUAACUACUGCUUUUACCCAUAUUCAAACUGGUUGUUAUUAAAUACAAAUUAAAACAUUUAACCUUAAAGAACAUAGACCCCAGGAAUAUUUAGCAUUUCUGUUAAAAAAAUAACUUAAAGAAAUGUUAGUAGGCAAAUAUCUGUUCAUAAAGUUAUGAGCAGCUCAACAUUUAGUGACUUUUUUAUGAUUGAUCUCUUUAUGACCAUCGGAUGUUUGUGUGUCUGAUGUCCAGCGGUCUAAUAUGCUGACUAAGGAAAGACAACUGGCUGUAGUAUACAGUAUUGUGUGAUUUCACUGUAAUCCCUAUCAUGUCAUGAUAAAGACAUUGACUGAUGUUGAUAUGUAUGGCCCAUGGUCAUUAUCAGUAGACUACUUCGUCGUUUUUGUUUCCAGAAGUAAUUUUGAUUUCUUGCAUUACAUCAAAUGUGGAAAUAGAAGACUUUGAAUCAAGGUGCUCCUAUUUGUCUUUUGAUAUGUUAAUAAUGUGCAGAUAUACUCCAUGUUAGCUUCACACAGUGUUUUACUUUUAUUUGUAUUCUGAAAUAAUGUAUACGAUAAGUUGCUAUUUUAUUUGUUGUUGAAUAUUGUUACAUAAUGAAUGUUUGAAAUUAUGAAAAAAAUGUUGUACUAUUUAAAAAAAAAAGAAGAAGUUGCUAUUUUAUUUCUUGUUGAAU